GCCAUUUCACCUCAGCAGAGGAUCUGAACCUGCUGAUUGCCAAAAACACCCGGCUGGAGAUCUAUGUGGUGACAGCUGAGGGGCUGAGGCCUGUCAAGGAGGUGGGGAUGUACGGCAAGACUGCGGUCAUGGAGCUCUUCCGCCCCAAGGGGGAGAGCAAGGACCUGUUGUUCAUCCUGACAGCCAAGUACAAUGCCUGCAUCCUGGAGUACAAGCAGAACGGGGACAGCAUUGACAUCAUCACCCGUGCCCACGGGAAUGUGCAGGAUCGCAUCGGGCGCCCCUCGGAGACCGGGAUCAUCGGGAUCAUCGACCCCGAGUGCCGGAUGAUCGGGCUGCGCCUCUACGAUGGGCUCUUCAAGGUCAUUCCCUUGGACAGGGAGAACAAGGAGCUAAAGGCCUUCAACAUCCGCCUGGAAGAGCUCCAGGUCAUUGAUGUCAAGUUCCUCUAUGGCUGCCAGGCCCCCACCAUCUGCUUCGUCUACCAGGACCCUCAAGGUCGCCACGUCAAGACCUACGAGGUGUCCCUGCGUGAGAAGGAGUUUAACAAAGGGCCUUGGAAGCAGGAGAACGUGGAGGCUGAAGCCUCCAUGGUCAUUGCAGUGCCAGAGCCUUUUGGGGGUGCAAUCAUCAUCGGGCAGGAGUCCAUCACCUACCACAAUGGAGACAAGUAUCUUGCUAUAGCUCCACCCAUCAUCAAGCAAAGUACCAUCGUGUGCCACAACCGCGUGGAUCCCAACGGAUCCCGCUACUUGCUGGGGGACAUGGAAGGAAGGCUCUUCAUGCUGCUCCUGGAGAAGGAGGAGCAGAUGGAUGGCACUGUCACCUUGAAGGACCUGCGUGUGGAGCUGCUCGGCGAGACAUCCAUUGCAGAGUGCUUGACCUACCUGGACAAUGGAGUUGUGUUUGUGGGCUCUCGGCUGGGGGAUUCCCAGCUGGUGAAGCUCAACGUGGACAGCAACGAGCAGGGCUCCUACGUGGUGGCCAUGGAGACCUUCACCAACCUUGGUCCCAUCGUUGACAUGUGUGUGGUGGACCUGGAAAGACAAGGCCAAGGGCAGCUGGUUACGUGCUCAGGAGCCUUCAAGGAGGGUUCCCUGAGGAUCAUCAGGAAUGGCAUCGGGAUCCACGAACACGCCAGCAUUGACCUACCUGGGAUCAAAGGCUUGUGGCCCCUGAGGUCUGACUCUCAGCGUGAGACAGACAACACCUUGGUGCUGUCCUUUGUUGGCCAGACCAGGGUUCUGAUGUUGAAUGGGGAGGAAGUGGAAGAGACAGAGCUCACGGGGUUUGUGGAUGAUCAGCAGACCUUCUUCUGUGGCAACGUGGCACAUCAGCAGUUGAUCCAGAUCACCUCUGCCUCAGUGAGACUGGUCAGCCAGGAGCCCAAAGCCUUGGUGAGUGAGUGGAAAGAGCCCAACGGGAAGAAUAUCAGCGUGGCUUCCUGCAACAGCAACCAGGUGGUGGUGGCCGUGGGGCGAGCCCUGUACUACCUGGAGAUCCGACCCCAGGAGCUCAGGCAGAUCAGCUGCACAGAAAUGGAGCAUGAAGUUGCCUGCCUGGACAUCACCCCCCUGGGGGACAGCAAUGGCAUGUCCCCUCUGUGUGCCAUCGGGCUCUGGACUGACAUCUCUGCCCGCAUCCUCAAGCUGCCUUCCUUUGAACUUCUGCACAAGGAGAUGCUGGGAGGAGAGAUCAUCCCUCGCUCCAUCCUGAUGACCACCUUUGAGAGCAGCCAUUACCUCCUCUGUGCCUUGGGGGAUGGAGCUCUCUUCUACUUCGGGCUCAGCCUUGAGACAGGCUUGCUGAGUGACCGCAAGAAGGUGACCCUGGGGACCCAGCCCACGGUGCUGAGGACCUUCCGUUCCCUCUCCACCACCAACGUCUUCGCCUGCUCCGACCGCCCCACCGUCAUCUACAGCAGCAACCACAAGCUGGUCUUCUCCAACGUCAACCUGAAGGAGGUCAACUACAUGUGUCCUCUCAACUCUGAUGGCUACCCCGACAGCUUGGCCUUGGCCAACAACAGCACCCUGACCAUUGGCACCAUUGAUGAGAUCCAGAAGCUGCACAUCCGCACGGUGCCGCUCUACGAGUCUCCCAGGAAGAUCUGCUACCAGGAGGUGUCUCAGUGUUUUGGGGUGCUCUCCAGUCGGAUCGAGGUGCAGGAUGCCAGCGGGGGCACCACUGCACUCAGGCCCAGUGCCAGCACCCAGGCCCUCUCCAGUAGUGUGAGCACCAGCAAGCUCUUCUCCAGCAGCACCGCGCCGCACGAGACCUCCUUUGGAGAGGAGGUGGAGGUGCACAACCUGCUCAUCAUAGACCAGCACACCUUUGAAGUGCUCCAUGCUCACCAGUUCCUGCAGAACGAGUACGCCCUCAGCCUGGUCUCCUGCAAACUGGGCAAGGAUCCCAACACCUACUUCAUCGUGGGCACUGCCAUGGUCUAUCCUGAGGAGGCUGAGCCCAAGCAGGGCCGCAUCGUUGUCUUCCACUACUCUGAUGGGAAGCUGCAGAGCCUGGCUGAGAAGGAGGUGAAGGGAGCUGUGUAUUCCAUGGUGGAGUUCAAUGGGAAGUUGCUGGCCAGCAUCAACAGCACGGUCCGGCUGUACGAGUGGACAGCCGAGAAGGAGCUGCGCACCGAGUGCAACCACUACAACAACAUCAUGGCUCUCUACCUGAAGACCAAGGGGGACUUCAUCCUGGUAGGAGACCUGAUGAGGUCUGUCCUCCUCCUUGCCUACAAGCCCAUGGAAGGGAACUUUGAGGAGAUUGCUCGGGACUUCAAUCCAAACUGGAUGAGCGCCGUGGAGAUCCUGGAUGAUGACAACUUCUUGGGAGCAGAGAACGCUUUCAAUUUGUUUGUGUGCCAGAAGGACAGCGCCGCCACCACCGACGAGGAACGGCAGCACUUGCAGGAGGUGGGACUGUCCCACCUGGGGGAGUUUGUCAACGUCUUCUGCCACGGAUCCCUGGUCAUGCAGAACCUGGGGGAGACGUCCACACCGACGCAGGGCUCGGUUCUCUUUGGCACAGUCAACGGCAUGAUUGGCCUGGUGACCUCCCUGUCAGAGAGCUGGUACAACCUCCUCCUGGACAUGCAGAACAGGCUGAAUAAAGUCAUCAAGAGCGUGGGCAAGAUUGAACACUCUUUUUGGAGAUCAUUUCACACCGAGCGCAAGACGGAACCGGCCACGGGCUUCAUUGACGGGGACCUGAUCGAGAGCUUCCUGGACAUCAGCAGGCCCAAGAUGCAGGAGGUGGUGGCAAACUUGCAGAUCGACGACGGCAGCGGCAUGAAAAGAGAGGCCACCGUGGACGACCUGAUCAAGAUCGUGGAGGAGCUGACCCGGAUCCAUUAGCAGGAUCCAGAAUGAUCCUUCCCUGGCCCUUUUCCUCCACGUCGAGCAAGGG